AUGCUGGAGGAUGAGGAUGGGAUGAGUGAGAGGGGACUCAGCAGCUCCAGGAGGAGAUAUGACGACGAGGAAGAUUACCAUUCCAUCUACAUCGGGGUGCCAGUGCCCCGGGGGUACCGCAGGAAGCGACGCCGGAGGAGAUCUCCUGCCUCCAGCAGGGACAGGACGAGCGAGAGCGAGCGACACUACGAGCGCCACGACCACUCGGACACCGACGACGGAGGCCACGGCUGCUAUGAGAGUGGCAACGACAAUGCCAGCAGGACCAUGUCUCCAGCUGCUGAACGUCUCCGCUACAUCCUGGGGGAAGACGAUGAACCUCCCAAUCCCACACUUUUCACGGAGAUGGACACACUGCAGCACGAUGGAGAGGAGAUGGAGUGGAAAGAAUCAGCCAGGUGGAUAAAAUUUGAAGAAAAGGUGGAGGAAGGAGGGGAGAGGUGGAGCAAACCCCACGUGUCCACGUUGUCUCUGCACAGCCUGUUCGAGCUGCGGACGUGUCUACAGACGGGCACGGUGCUCCUGGACUUGGAUGGCUACUCCUUGCCCCAAAUUAUAGAUGAUGUCAUUGAGAAGCAGAUUGAGGAUGGUCUGCUCAAACCAGAGCUGAGGGACAAGAUAAGCUAUGUGCUCCUCAGGAAGCAUCGCCACCAAACCAAGAAACCAAUCCACCGGUCCUUGGCCGACAUCGGAAAAUCUGUCUCCUCCAACACAUCCCGCAGCCCCGUGCGGAGCCCGGCCACCGGCGCCGCCUUCCACCGCUCCACCGAGGACCUGCGGAUGCGGCAGAGCGCGAGCUACGGGCGCCUGCGUCACGCGCAGAGUCGAAGCAUGAAUGACAUCUCGGACACGCCGAGCAGUGACCAGUUGAAGAACAAGUUCAUCAAGAAGAUCCCCAAGGAUGCAGAGGCCUCCAAUGUGCUGGUGGGAGAAGUGGAAUUCCUGGAGAAGCCUUUUGUGGCUUUCGUGCGGCUCCUCCAGGCGACGAUGCUGGGAGGGGUGACGGAGGUGCCUGUCCCCACCAGAUUCCUCUUCAUUCUCCUCGGUCCCACGGGAAAAGCCAAAUCCUACAACGAGAUUGGCAGAGCCAUCGCAACUCUCAUGGUGGAUGAUCUCUUCAGCGACGUUGCCUACAAAGCUCGGGACAGAGAAGACCUGAUCGCUGGCAUCGAUGAGUUUCUGGAUGAAGUCAUUGUCCUGCCACCCGGCGAGUGGGACCCCAACAUCAGGAUUGAGCCACCCAAAAAAGUGCCCUCAGCUGAGAAGAGGAAAUCUGUUUUCUCUCUGAAUGAAGUUGGGCAGAUGAAUGGCACAGCUGGUGGGGCAGGCGCUGGGGGCGGCGGCGGAGGCAGCGACGAUGGUGAGAUGCCUGAAGUUCAUGAAAUCGGGGAAGAGCUGGCGUGGACCGGCAGGUUUUGUGGUGGCCUCUAUUUGGAUAUCAAGAGGAAGCUGCCCUGGUUCCCGAGUGACUUCUAUGAAGGUUUUCAUAUCCAGUCCAUCUCUGCCAUCUUGUUCAUCUACCUGGGCUGCAUCACCAACGCCAUCACCUUCGGGGGCUUGCUGGGGGACGCUACGGACAACUACCAGGGUGUCAUGGAGAGUUUCCUCGGCACGGCCAUGGCAGGAUCCAUGUUUUGCCUCUUUGCUGGGCAACCACUCAUCAUCCUCAGCAGCACUGGCCCCAUCCUCAUCUUCGAGAAGCUCCUCUUUGACUUCAGCAAAGGCAAUGGCAUUGACUACAUGGAGUUUCGCCUCUGGAUCGGCCUCCACUCUGCCCUACAGUGCCUUAUCCUGGUGGCCACCGAUGCCAGCUUCAUUAUAAAGUACAUCACACGCUUCACAGAGGAAGGUUUCUCCACCCUCAUCAGCUUCAUCUUCAUCUACGACGCCAUCAAGAAGAUGAUCGGAGCCUUUAAGUACUACCCCAUCAACUCGGACUUCAAACCGGACUACGUGACCAUGUACAAGUGCGAGUGCAUUGCUCCAGACCCAGCCAACGCGACCUUGUUCGAUGCUUCAGCUCCAGUGGCACCGAACACCACUAACGUUUCUCUGUACAAUACUAUUAACCUCACAGCUCUGGACUGGACUCAGCUGAGUAAGAAGGAAUGUCUCAAAUACGGUGGCAGCUUAGUGGGAAAAUCCUGCAAAUUCGUGCCCGACUUGGCCCUCAUGUCCUUCAUCCUCUUCUUCGGCACCUACUCCAUGACCUUGACCCUGAAAAAGUUUAAGUUCAGCCGCUAUUUCCCCACCAGGCUGCGUAAACUCAUUAGUGAUUUCUCUAUCUUUAUGUCCAUACUAAUGUUUGUGGGGCUGGAUGUGCUUUUUGGACUCAACACCCCAAAGCUCCAAGUGCCUACUGAUUUUAAGCCCACCCGUGUGGACCGAGGCUGGUUCGUGUUUCCCUUUGGGAAGAACCCGUGGUGGGUGUACCUGGCCAGUGCCCUGCCUGCCCUGCUGGUCACCAUCCUCAUCUUCAUGGACCAGCAGAUCACAGCUGUCAUUGUCAACAGGAAGGAGCACAAGCUGCGG